AUGAGAAAAUUUGCAUACUGCAAGGUGGUCCUGGCCACCUCCUUGAUUUGGGUACUCUUGGAUAUGUUCCUGCUGCUUUACUUCAGUGAAUGCAACAAAUGUGAUGAAAAACAAGAGAGAGGACUUCCUGCUGGGGAUGAGCCAGUACAAAAGCCUCAUGAAGGUCCUGGAGAAAUGGGGAAACCAGUCGUCAUUCCUAAAGAGGAUCAAGAAAAGAUGAAAGAGAUGUUUAAAAUCAAUCAGUUCAAUUUAAUGGCAAGUGAGAUGAUUGCACUCAACAGAUCUCUACCAGAUGUUAGGUUGGAAGGGUGUAAAACAAAGGUGUAUCCAGAUAACCUUCCUACAACCAGUGUGGUGAUUGUUUUCCACAAUGAGGCUUGGAGCACACUUCUGCGAACUGUCCAUAGUGUCAUUAAUCGCUCACCAAGACACAUGCUAGAAGAAAUUGUUCUAGUAGAUGAUGCCAGUGAAAGAGACUUUUUAAAAAGACCUCUAGAGAGUUACGUGAAAAAAUUAAAAGUACCUGUUCACGUCAUUCGAAUGGAGCAGCGUUCUGGAUUGAUCAGAGCUAGGUUAAAAGGCGCUGCUGUGUCUAAAGGCCAAGUAAUCACCUUUUUAGAUGCACACUGUGAGUGCACAGUGGGAUGGCUGGAACCUCUCUUAGCCAGGAUCAAACACGACAGGAAGACAGUGGUCUGUCCCAUCAUAGAUGUGAUCAGUGAUGACACUUUCGAGUACAUGGCAGGUUCUGACAUGACCUACGGCGGGUUCAACUGGAAGCUCAACUUUCGCUGGUAUCCCGUUCCCCAAAGAGAAAUGGACAGAAGGAAAGGUGAUCGGACUCUUCCUGUGAGAACACCUACAAUGGCAGGAGGCCUUUUUUCAAUAGACAGAGAUUACUUUCAGGAAAUUGGAACAUAUGAUGCUGGAAUGGAUAUUUGGGGAGGAGAAAACCUAGAAAUUUCCUUUAGGAUUUGGCAGUGUGGAGGAACUUUGGAGAUUGUUACUUGUUCACAUGUUGGACAUGUGUUUCGGAAAGCUACACCCUACACGUUUCCAGGAGGCACGGGGCAGAUUAUCAAUAAAAAUAACAGACGACUUGCAGAAGUAUGGAUGGAUGAAUUCAAGAAUUUCUUCUAUAUAAUUUCUCCAGGUGUUACAAAGGUAGAUUAUGGAGAUAUAUCAUCAAGACUUGGUCUAAGGCACAAACUCCAAUGCAGACCAUUCUCUUGGUACCUAGAGAAUAUUUAUCCUGAUUCUCAGAUUCCACGUCACUAUUUCUCUUUGGGAGAGAUACGAAAUGUGGAAACAAAUCAGUGUCUAGAUAACAUGGCUAGAAAAGAGAAUGAAAAAGUUGGGAUUUUUAACUGUCACGGUAUGGGAGGUAAUCAGGUUUUCUCUUACACUGCCAACAAAGAAAUUAGAACAGAUGACCUUUGCUUGGAUGUCUCCAAACUUAAUGGCCCAGUCACAAUGCUCAAAUGCCACCACCUAAAAGGCAACCAGCUUUGGGAGUAUGAUCCGGUGAAGCUGACCCUGCAGCACGUGAACAGUAACCAGUGCCUGGACAAAGCCACAGACGAGGACAGCCAGGUGCCCAGCAUCAGAGACUGCAGUGGAAGCCGGUCCCAGCAGUGGCUGCUUCGAAACGUCACCCUUCCAGAAAUAUUCUGA